GACCGCAGGAAGAAGCCGGUGAUGAUGUUCAUUCACGGAGGCUCCUACAUGGAGGGCACCGGGAACAUGUUUGACGCCAGCGUCCUGGCCGCCUACGGCAACGUGAUCGUGGUGACCAUGAACUACCGGCUCGGUGUGCUCGGCUUUCUCAGCACAGGCGAUCAGUCGGCGAAGGGGAACUACGGCCUGCUGGACCAGAUCCAGGCUCUGCGCUGGCUCAACGAGAACAUCGGCCACUUCGGCGGAGACCCGGACAGAAUCACCAUCUUCGGCUCCGGAGCCGGGGCGUCCUGCGUCAACCUCCUCAUCCUCUCGCACCACUCGGAGGGUCUGUUCCACAGGGCCAUCGCCCAGAGUGGAACGGCCAUCUCCAGCUGGUCCGUCAACUACCAGCCGCUCAAGUACACCAAGAUCCUGGCCCGCAAGGUGGGCUGCACCUACACGGAGACGGCCGACCUGGUGGACUGCCUCCGGCGCAAGAACUUCAGGGAGCUGGUGGACCAGGACAUCCAGCCAGCCCGCUACCACAUCGCCUUCGGCCCGUGGUGGGCCGGAGGCGUGGUGCCCGACGAUCCCGAGAUCCUCAUGCAGCAGGGGGAGUUCCUCAACUACGACAUCCUGAUAGGAGUGAACCAGGGAGAGGGGCUGAAGUUUGUGGACGACAGCGAGGACAACGACGGCAUCUCCGCGGCAGCUUUCGACUACACCAUCUCCAACUUCGUUGACAACCUCUAUGGCUACCCCGAGGGCAAAGACAUCCUGAGGGAAACCAUUAAAUUCAUGUACACGGACUGGGCGGACAGGGACAACGGCGACAUGCGGAGGAAGACGCUCCUCGCUCUGUUCACGGACCACCAGUGGGUGGCGCCGGCCGUGGCCACCGCCAAGCUCCACGCAGAGUUUCAGUCGCCGGUUUACUUCUACACGUUCUACCACCACUGCCAGACGGAGACGCGUCCCGAAUGGGCCGACGCCGCCCACGGAGACGAGAUACCCUACGUGUUUGGCGUUCCCAUGAUCGGUGCUACGGAUCUGUUCCCGUGCAACUUCUCCAAGAAUGACGUGAUGCUGAGCGCUGUGGUCAUGACCUACUGGACCAACUUCGCCAAGACCGGGGACCCCAACCUGCCAGUCCCUCAAGACACCAAGUUCAUUCACACCAAACCCAAUCGCUUUGAAGAGGUCAUCUGGACCAAGUUCAACUCCAAGGACAAGCAGUACCUCCACAUCGGAUUAAAACCUCGUGUUAGAGACAACUACCGGGCCAACAAGGUGGCCUUCUGGCUGGAACUAGUCCCCCACCUCCACAGUCUGCACGAGGAGCUCUUCCUCACCACGACUCGCUCGCCCGCGGGCCCCGGCCAAGGCACCCACCGACCGGGCCCCCGGCCGACUCGCCACCCUUACCCCACCUUUGCCUCCGACCCGGAGCUGGAGGGUUCGGAGCGUCCGCGCCAGGAGCUCUUCCCCGGAGACCCCCGGGACUACUCCACCGAGCUGAGCGUCACGGUGGCCGUGGGGGCGUCGCUGCUCUUCCUCAACAUCCUGGCGUUCGCCGCCCUUUACUACAAGCGCGACAAGCGGCACGAGAUGCGGCGCCACCGGCUGUCCCCGCAGCGCGGCGGGCCCGCCAACGACCUGGCUCACAGCCAAGAGGAGGAGAUCAUGUCCCUGCAGAUGAAGCACUCGGAGCACGACCCCCACCACGACAUGGAGCCGCUGGCCGACGACAUCCUGCGGCCCGCCUGCCCGCCCGACUACGGGCGCUGCGCCCCCGACGACGUGCCGCUGAUGACGCCCAACACCAUCACCAUGAUCCCCAGUACCAUCACCAGCAUGCAGCCUCUCCACGCCUUCAACACUUUCCCGUCCACCGGCCACAACAACACCCUGCCCCACCCCCACUCCACCACCAGGGUAUAGUAGGGACUGGCGCCACGCAGCGCCACCCAAGGACCAGGCCGACUGGCGGGGGCCGCCGACCGAGAGCGGAGGCCUCCGUCUCCGUCCUCCUGUUCUCUUUCUCCACAAACAACUCCACCUCCUCAGACUCAGUAGCUCCCCCGGUGGCCGCGUGGAGAAGCAACCGGACCGCACGGCAGCAGAUGAUCGGUUCGGGGGUUGAUUUCAGAUCGUUUUACGGAUACUGUUUUCAAAGGUACGCUGGUUCCAGACUAAAGCCCCCGGACGCCAGUCAAAAGGACGAGUGCUUUUCGGCCCUUGCUGUUUUCAUCCUCUUCUUUUUUUCUCCACCCCCCCCCGGCGUGUAACGAGCAUUUAUCACUCUCUUUUCUACAUAUCUGUGUCUUUGUUGCUCCUCUCCCUCUUCCCAGCGAUCCUUUGCUCCGGGGACUCAGUGACGGAGCAGUAGGAGGGGCCCAGAGUACGACCAGUAUUCAUAAAGGAAAACGUUGUCUUCUGAUACUUUCAUUCUACCAGCAUUCUUGGUGCCAAGUAUGUAUGACGUUUGGUUUCUCAUCGAGGGAGAAAAGAAAACAGUAGAUCAUCGUAGAGUA